UAAAUUUGCGUUGUGACAGUUGCCAUUUAGAUUGCUUGCAGAUUUGGUCAAGGUGGCAUUGUAAGAUUUAGAACUGCGUUUGUAACCAUGAGAGAAAUUGUGCACUUGCAAGCAGGCCAGUGUGGAAAUCAGAUUGGUGCUAAGUUUUGGGAAGUCAUCAGCGAUGAGCACGGCAUCGAUCCUACUGGUACUUACCAUGGGGAUAGUGAUCUCCAGUUGGAGAGGAUAAACGUUUAUUAUAAUGAAGCCACGGGUGGCAAAUAUGUUCCUCGUGCUGUUCUGGUAGACUUGGAGCCUGGCACAAUGGAUUCUGUCCGCUCUGGACCAUUUGGGCAGAUUUUCAGACCAGACAACUUUGUCUUUGGUCAGAGUGGUGCAGGCAACAAUUGGGCCAAAGGACACUAUACAGAAGGUGCAGAACUGGUGGACUCUGUUCUUGAUGUGGUGAGGAAAGAAGCAGAAAGCUGUGACUGUCUACAGGGUUUUCAGCUGACCCACUCCUUGGGUGGUGGCACUGGUUCUGGUAUGGGAACUCUUCUAAUCAGCAAAAUCCGCGAGGAAUACCCAGACAGAAUAAUGAACACAUUCAGUGUUGUUCCCUCUCCCAAAGUAUCGGACACUGUUGUAGAACCUUACAAUGCCACCCUGUCAGUACACCAACUUGUAGAAAAUACAGAUGAGACGUAUUGUAUAGAUAAUGAAGCUUUGUAUGAUAUUUGCUUUAGAACCCUGAAACUGACAACUCCUACAUAUGGUGACUUAAACCAUCUAGUAUCUGCAACAAUGAGUGGUGUCACCACUUGCUUGCGGUUUCCAGGACAGCUGAAUGCUGACCUGCGUAAAUUGGCAGUAAACAUGGUUCCCUUCCCUCGUUUACAUUUCUUCAUGCCUGGUUUUGCCCCCCUAACCAGCCGUGGCAGCCAGCAGUACCGUGCCCUGACUGUGCCUGAACUUACACAACAAAUGUUUGAUGCAAAGAACAUGAUGGCAGCUUGUGACCCACGUCAUGGCCGCUAUCUCACUGUUGCUGCUGUUUUCAGGGGCCGUAUGUCCAUGAAGGAGGUGGAUGAGCAAAUGCUCAACGUACAAAACAAAAACAGCAGCUACUUUGUAGAAUGGAUUCCCAACAAUGUAAAAACCGCUGUUUGUGAUAUCCCACCUCGUGGCUUGAAAAUGUCUGCCACUUUCAUCGGCAAUAGUACAGCUAUUCAGGAGUUAUUCAAACGCAUUUCAGAACAAUUUACAGCCAUGUUCCGUAGAAAAGCAUUCUUGCACUGGUAUACAGGAGAAGGCAUGGAUGAAAUGGAGUUCACUGAAGCAGAAAGCAACAUGAAUGACCUUGUUUCAGAGUACCAACAGUAUCAAGAUGCUACAGCUGAAGAGGAGGGAGAGUUUGAAGAGGAGGCAGAAGAGGAAGCUGCAUAAAAGUGGCACUUGUUUUCUUUGUAAAUUAUGUCAAAAGCUGUAUGAAUUCUUUAUUCAUGUGAUGUUUGUUUCCUUAUUGUUAUAAACUGUUAAUGUUCUGUGUUUAUCUUUGUUGCCUGCUGUACAGACAUUCAGAUUCUAAAAUUAAAGCAGUUUGAUAGCA